AUGGUCGAGAGACUCUUCUCCAAGUUCCUGCAGAAACUCUCCCUCUCGGGCCCGGGCCGCCAGUACCAGGCUCUGGGAAAAGACGAGGUGGAAAUCUUGAUUGAUGAAGCCUGUGAGCUGAAAGCCAUCGAAAAAGAGAAGAAGGUGGCAGCUCUGCCCCCCAAGGAGGCCUGCAAGUGCCACAAAGAGGAUUUGGCCAAAGCACUUUGCGUGGACUUACAGACGGGGCUGUCAGAGUUCUCAGUAGCACAGCGCAGGCUGGUCCAUGGCUGGAAUGAGUUUGUUGCUGACACCACCGAACCUAUAUGGAAGAAAUACCUCGAUCAGUUUAAGAACCCGCUGAUCCUGCUGCUGCUGGGCUCCGCCUUGGUGAGCGUCCUCACCAGGGAGUACGAGGACGCCGUCAGCAUCGCAGUGGUGAGUGUACUAUUGGUGACAUCUGGCUUCUGGGGAGAGUACAGGUCGGAGAAAUCUCUGGAAGAGCUGACGAAGCUGGUGCCUCCAGAAUGUAACUGCCUCCGAGAAGGAAAACUCCAGCACCUGCUCGCGCGAGAGCUGGUUCCCGGAGACGUUGUGUCUCUCUCCAUCGGAGACCGGAUCCCCGCGGACAUCCGGCUCACAGAGGGAGUCGUGAUUGGAACGGGGGAGAGGUCUCAGUUUGGAGAAGUGUUUAAGAUGAUGCAGGCUGAAGAGACGCCUAAGACCCCUUUACAGAAAAGCAUGGGCAAGCUGGGGGAGCAGCUGACGCUUUUCUCCUUUGGCAUAAUCGGUGUGAUCAUGUUCAUCGGCUGGUUGCAGGGGAAGCAGCUGCUCAGUAUGUUCACCAUUGGAGUCAGUCUGGCUGUAGCGGCCAUUCCAGAGGGUCUGCCCAUCGUUGUCACCGUCACCUUGGUCCUGGGAGUGCUGCGGAUGGCCAAGAAAAGGGUCAUUGUGAAGAAGCUGCCGAUCGUGGAGACUUUAGGUUGCUGCAAUGUCCUCUGUUCUGACAAGACAGGGACUCUGACUGCCAAUGAAAUGACGGUGACCCAGCUUGUGACGUCCGAUGGGCUUCAUGCUGAGGUCAGCGGAGUUGGGUAUGACGGCAAAGGGACUGUGUGUCUUUUACCAUCAAAGGAAGUGAUUAAGGAAUUUUCCAAUGUUUCAGUGGGCAAAUUAGUGGAGGCCGGCUGUGUCGCCAACAACGCAGUCAUCAGGAAGAACGCUGUGAUGGGCCAGCCCACGGAGGGGGCCUUGAUCGCCCUGGCAAUGAAGAUGGACUUGAGUGACAUUAAAAAUUCAUAUGUAAGAAAGAAAGAGAUUCCAUUCAGCUCAGAGCAGAAGUGGAUGGCAGUAAAAUGCAGCCCAAAGAAUGAGGAUCGGGAAGACAUUUACUUCAUGAAGGGGGCCUUUGAAGAGGUGAUUUGCCACUGCACCAUGUACAAUAACGGGGGCAUCCCCCUGCCACUGACGCCCCAGCUGAGGUCGUUCUGCCAGCAGGAAAAGAGGAGGAUGGGAUCCCUCGGUCUACGGGUGCUGGCCCUGGCCUCUGGGCCCGAGCUGGGGAGGCUGACGUUUCUGGGUCUCGUCGGCAUCAUCGACCCUCCACGGGCCGGCGUGAGGGAAGCAGUGCAAGUUCUCUCCGAGUCAGGAGUGUCUGUGAAAAUGAUAACAGGAGAUGCUCUGGAAACAGCCUUGGCAAUAGGCAGAAACAUCGGCCUGGGCAACGGGAAACUGCAAGCCAUGUCUGGAGAGGAGGUGGACAGCAUGGAGAAGGACCAGCUGGCGGAACACGCCUCAAAGGUUUCUGUGUUCUUCAGGACCAGCCCGAAGCACAAGCUCAAAAUUAUAAAGGCUUUGCAGGAGUCAGGGGCCAUUGUGGCCAUGACUGGGGACGGGGUGAACGAUGCAGUCGCGCUGAAGUCUGCCGACAUUGGAAUCGCCAUGGGGCGGACAGGGACGGAUGUCAGUAAAGAGGCCGCCAACAUGAUCCUGGUGGACGAUGACUUCUCAGCCAUCAUGAACGCAGUGGAGGAAGGCAAGGGGAUUUUCUACAACAUCAAAAACUUUGUCCGGUUCCAGCUGAGCACGAGCAUCUCCGCCCUGAGCCUCAUCGCCCUGUCCACCGUGUUCAACCUGCCCAGCCCCCUGAAUGCCAUGCAGAUCCUGUGGAUCAACAUCAUCAUGGACGGGCCGCCGGCGCAGAGCUUGGGGGUAGAGCCAGUUGACAAAGAUGCCCUCAGGCAGCCUCCUCGGAGCGUCAAGGACACGAUCCUCAGCCGUGCCCUCCUCCUGAAGGUCUUCCUGUCCGCCGCAGUCAUCAUCAGUGGGACCCUGUUCAUCUUCUGGAAGGAGAUGCCUGAGGACAAAGCGAACACCCCGCGCACCACGACCAUGACAUUCACGUGUUUUGUGUUGUUUGAUCUCUUCAACGCCUUGACCUGCCGCUCCCAGACCAAGCUGAUAUUCGAGGUUGGCUUCCUCAGCAACCACAUGUUCCUCUACUCCGUGCUUGGCUCCGUGCUGGGGCAGCUGGCCGUCAUUUACAUCCCACCCCUGCAGAAGGUCUUCCAGACUGAGAACCUGGGAGCGCUAGAUCUGCUGUCUUUAACCGGAUUGGCUUCGUCUGUCUUCAUUUUCUCAGAGCUCCUCAAACUUUUUGAGAAAUACUGCCCGAGAGCCAGGGAAGUACAGACGUACCACGAAGACAUGUAG